AUGAACGUAAAUCAAUUAAAUGUUACCCGCCGAAAUCCUAUUCCCCCUGCGGGAGAGAAUGCUGAACAACCGAUGGUGACCUUAAAAACCAUACAAGAUGAUAUGGAUAGAGUUGAAAACUUAAUGAACAGAAGUUUUGGAGUCUUUAUAAAAAGAUGGGAAACUUUCUAG